AUAUGUUUCUUCAGAUUCCACGCCGAUCUUUCCUCUCCGUGUUCUUUUUAUUUUAUCAAAAAUUAUAGAUUCCCUUUUCUCUGCAAAAAUUUAAUUAAUUUUUAAUCACGUCUGCAUGUACGGAUUACUAUUAUACAAAGUUUUAAAGCAAAUUCUUCUGUAUUUGGUUUCUUUGACUCUUUUUAUCGACCCCCAAACCAAAGAAAAAAGAUUCAAUUUUUAGUUGAUCAUUUGGUUCUUUUUCCACUUUGGAGUUGUUGAAACUGUUUAUUUUACUUGAUAAGCUUUUUGGGUGUUUAAAUUUAGUGUUUUUAGUGACUUGUGUAGGAGUUUUGAGGAUUUUGAGGAAUUUGGGGGUGGUGGUGUUCAUGGAUAGGAUGUAUAAUGGUGGAGGAGAUAUGGGGUAUGGGUAUGAAAAUGGGGUGGUGAUGACAAGGGACCCAAAGCCAAGAUUGAGGUGGACUGCUGAUUUACAUGAUCGUUUUGUUGAUGCUGUAACUAAGCUUGGUGGACCUGAUAAAGCAACUCCAAAGUCAGUACUAAGGUUAAUGGGAUUGAAGGGCUUGACAUUGUAUCAUUUGAAGAGUCAUUUGCAGAAGUAUAGACUUGGACAGCAGACCAAGAAACAAAAUACAGCAGAUCAAAACAGAGAGAAUAUAGCAGGGGAGUCCUUCGGACAAUUCAGUUUGCAUUCCUCAGGACCGAGUAUCACUUCAUCAAGCAUGGAUGGUAUGCAAGGAGAAGCUCCAAUUAGUGAGGCACUGAGGCGUCAGAUUGACGUCCAGAAAAGAUUACACGAGCAGCUUGAGGUUCAACAGAAGCUGCAAAUGAGAAUAGAGGCACAGGGAAAGUACUUGCAAGCAAUACUAGAUAAAGCUCAGAAGAGCCUGUCCACUGAUAUGAACUCUCCUAGUGCUGUAGACGAAACAAGAGCUCAGCUUACAGAUUUCAAUAUAGCUCUCUCAAAUUUAAUGGACUACAUGCACGGACACAACGGGGAUGAAACAUCUGCAGGUAAAAGGACACAAGAUGAUACUAAUAAGGAUCUACAAAGGUCUACAUACUUAACGGAGGGAGAACAAAAGAAGAUUAUGAAUAUUAAACUUGAAGAAACUUCCGUUAGGUUCGAUUUGAACUCCAGAAGUAGCUAUGACUUUAUUGGCAUGAACUCAGCUGUAUUGGAAGCCAAACAAUUUUCAAAUGGAAGAUUGGAAAUGUAAUCAUAUAAGGUCAAGAUUAUGUAUUUUACUCUAAAGUGUACUAGGAACCCAGAGUUUAACUUGUUACAUGAAGCUCUUAUUAUAGAUUUUAUUGCCCUCUAUCUAUGUAAUUAUUUCAUUUGUUGCAAGGAAGGGAUAAUUUGUAGUACAGGGAAUUGGUGAAACUCUUAUUGAAGAAAUGUUUAAGUAAAGAUGUUUGUCUAUAACAUCUUUUUUCAUUA